UAUCCUAUAGCGUAUAGGGGGGUCCUGGGGGGGAGAGAGAGAGAGAGAGAGAGAGAGAAACAAUGGCGUUCAAUCUCAAGGGUAUUAGGGUUCCACCAAAUUCUGCAACACUCCAAGAAGCGAGAAACCGAACAUUUGAUUUCUUCAGGCAAGCCUGUCGAUCGAUUCCAACCAUUAUGGAAAUCUACAAUCUUCACGACGUCGUUACUGUGUCAGAGAUACGCUCCACGAUCUCCUCUGAAAUACGAAAGAACGCCCACAUUACGAACACUAAAGUGAUUGACAUGCUACUCUUCAAAGGGAUGGAGGAGCUUGGCAACAUUGUUGAACAUGCAAAGCAGCGCCACCAUAUAAUUGGUCAGUAUGUGCUAGGGCGUAGAGGGCUUAUACAAGAUGUGGGAGACAAGGACCAGGACAUAUCCGACUUCUUAAAAAAGUUUUACAACAGCAACUAUUUCUGAAAACUCCCCCAUUUUGAUUGAUGAAUCUGUAUUUUCUUUUAGGACCUUACUUUGGUUGUUAGACUUGAGCAAUAAGUUAAUCAUGAAACAACUAUUGUUCAUUUCUAUCAUGAAACUGCUUUUGUUCAUUUGCAUCUUUGAUUGCAGAAAUAUGAAACCGUUUUUUAUUUCAA